AUAAAUCUCAAAUCGGCUUGUUCUAUAAUUGAUCAGUUGUUACACUGCGCAAAAGCUGACAAAAAUAAAAUUUUAUUAGCACGCAACUUUUCAGAUGAAACGAAGAGAAGAUUUAUGCAUUUUAUGAUAAUUUUUGAUAUUGCUAAACUCUUCGAGCUAAAGCAAAACUUUAAAGAACUUUAGCCAUGUUGUCGACUAUUGAUAAUAUAACCGUCAGUUCAGUGAACCAAACAAACGCGACGUUUAUUAACAAUACAACUACGGAUGGUCACGGGGCGUUGUACAAUACUCCAGUUCUUGCAAUUGUACUUCUCAUGAUAGCUAUUUUGUUGGUUGGUGUGAUUGGAAACAGUAUCGUAGUACUGAUCGUUGUGAAGAAGAAGCGAAUGCAGACCGUCACAAACUGGCUGAUUUUAAAUUUAGCAGUAGCCGACCUGUCCUCCACGCUUAUAUGUAUACCGUUAGAGAUCCCGAUGGAGUUAAAACACGGUACGUGGUUGUACGGGGAACAUUUCUGCACUGUAUUUUACCCAAUCCAGACGAUUACGAUUUACGGAUCUGUGUUCACCUUAGUGGCGUUAAGUUUAACAAGAUAUUGGGCUAUUAUACAUCCCUUUAGAAGUCAACCAACCUUGAAGAUGGCUAAGAUAUUAAUAGGAGUAAUUUGGGUGUGUAGCGGACUUGUGGUGUUACCGUAUUUCCUCGUGUUAAAAUACAACAACGAUACGGGCUCGUGUGAAGAAAUAUGGACGUUUAAUCAAAGACGAACGUACACUAUUGCCAUCUUCGUGUUUCAAUACGUUUUACCGUUGAGCGUAAUCAGUUUAGCGUAUAUCUACAUCGUGUACGACUUGUGUUACCCGAAAAACAACACCGCGUUACCGAAAGAUGCGAGCAAAGAAAACGACACGAAAAAAGUGGUGAAAUUAUUGCUCAUCAUUACAGUCACUUUUGCUGUCUGUAUCCUACCAUACCAUCUUGUCGCAUUGUUUUCAGAGUUUGGUGAUGCUCAGAAUUUCGUAUACUACGAGGAUGUCUCGAUAUCGUCGUACAUGCUACUCUAUUUGAACUCAGCCAUGAAUCCAAUCAUGUACAACGUGUUUAAUGCUAAAUUUCGCGAGUCCUAUUUUGACCUUUACAAAACGGUCAUUGCCUACAUUUGCAACAAAGGCGAAGACCUACAUGGACAAGGAUUUUUUUCAUCAAGACGCCCGAGUGUUCUAGAUAACGUGCGCAAAUGGAGCAAGGGUUCAAAUGGACGCUCUUUUAUGAGUGGCAGUACUUGCAGUUCUUCCACAGUCGUUUGUUCACCGAAUCAUACCAUUAACUUGGGAAAACGAGCUCCCCAAUAUCUUACCACUGAUUACAGUUCUAAUUUGAGAAGUAUGACUUUUCGCAAUGAAAAUAAUAACAGAGAGAACGGCAACAACGGAGUACAUUUAUUCCCUCCAUUACUUGAAAAUACAGUAAAUGAUGUUUAAAAAUUAUAAUUCUUCUUUUUUUGUUCAUAUUUUUUCGACGUAUUAAAGAACCUACUAUAUUUUUUAAGUAAAAGAAAAAAAAAAUGAAAAAAUUGAGGAACAAAAAUAUUUCACGUUUAGCCACGAAUAUUA